AAAAUAUUAGAUUAAAAUAAAAAAAUUCGAACCCUCCGGACUCUGUCCUCCUUCCGCCGCUCCGGCCUCAUUCCUUCCGCCUCGCCGAUCCCGCCGGCGGGAUGGCUGGCCCGCGCCCCCUCCCCCGCCGGAUCCUCCGUCUCGCCGUAUCCAUCGCGGUCGCCGCCUUCGCCUUCUUACCUACCCCCGUCUCCGGUAUCCGGAAGGACAUUGGCUUUGUUGAACCAAUUAUGUGCCGAAGCACUGUUCAGGGACGGCAUCUGAUCUCUGAUGAUAAUGGUUAUGUAUGCUCUGCACUUUCAAUCAAUCCAUGGUCUCACUGUUGCCCAACAACAGCGGACCGCUUUUCCUGCCAGGGCUGCAAACAUGAUUUACAGUGCUGCAACUCUUAUGAAUAUUGUGUUUCUUGCUGUUUGAAUCCUUCUAAGACCAAGAAAGAAGAUGUGCUGAAGCUGAAGGAACAUACACAAAUGUUUUUGAUUUCUGCAUGGGAAGAUGCCGCCAUAGCUCUGCAAGUGUGGUUCAUGGAAAAUGCCUACGCCAGCGACUUCCAUCAUUGUUUUUCCGUGCAGCAAAAUUCUUCAGGAUCAACUGAAUCUAGUUCUGUAUCAAAGUUGUUGGGUAUUAAUGUCGUAGUAGGAAGGCCAGGAGAAUCUUGCAGCUUGGUUUGCAAAGUAAGAGGACAGUCAUGUGUUCCGAGCAGGCUCUCUGUCCUGAACAAAUGUGAGAUUUUGCAGAAAUAUAUGAGAUGCAAAAGCGGCUGCUUUCACAGUCUUGGACCAUAUCAGCCUGCUGAAGUUGUUGUUGAAGCUCCGACCAGCUUGAAUCCAGGAGCAUGCUUAUAUAUGCAGAUGGAUGAGCGGCUCACAUGUGAUGGUUCACAUCAACAUACCCGGAGGCUCUGUCCAUGUGCAUGAGAAGGAAAAAAAGUAAUGUGACACACAUAAGACAGUAGAGAUAGUUUUCCCUGCAAAAGCUUCUUUCAUGCUUUAGAGUUAGACUCAUUUAAUUGCCAAGAUAUGAACAAAGUAGGUUUUCUCACGUUAGUCACACUCACACUCAAUGGACGCGAAACAAGUGGAGAUGAUAAGCUGAAAACCACUGAUUCUCCAUCAUCUCCAUGAUGAACAACCAUUCUGCAUACUGGUUGCUACAAGCCCUCAACACAAACAUCCUACUUUCGAGCAGGAUCGUGGAUGCAAAGGAAAUGGGGUACCUGCAAAUCUUUGCAUGAUAUUUGGUAGGAUGUUGCCUGCUGAAUGAAAAUGUAUGCAACAUUGGUAAUGCGUUGCUCUAUGUACAUACCAUCGACUGCAAGACGCAUUGUAUCCAUACUUUCCUCAUAAUUUAUAUUUGUGGCUGUCCUGUGCAGGCUGUUUCUCUUUCUUGUCUGCAAGCAUCAUUCAUGUGCAGAGCAAACACCUGAACCAAUUAUAUUCAUAAUAUAUUGCACAAGUUCUCAUGCAUGUUGAAGAAAGUAAGACAAAUAAAACUACAGAUACAUGUUCUUUUAAAUCAAUUACAUCAUGCCAGCAUCUCUGCAUCACAGACUCCCAUGCCUUUUUUUCCAGCCUCAAAAGGAGUAGUUAGGCUUGAAAUCUUUCAUAAACUUUGGUCUGUCCCUCCCUUUGUUAUCAUCUUUGCUCUGACCAGCAGCUGUAGCACUCUCCUCUGCUGCGGCUUCAUUUUCCUGGCCCUCUUCCUCGAAGGCCGGGUGGGUGAGGAUGUUCCCUAGCAGUUGUGUCCCCCUGAGGGCAUUGGUGAGCGGCAGGUGACCUUCAGGUGUGUCAUCCUUCAUCUCCCAAAUGAACUCAUCAGGAAAUGCCCUGUAGUUGUACUGCUCUAUCUCGGUGUCUAGCUUCUUCAUCCAGCCAACCUUGAUGAAGAAGCGGGUGAAGUCACGCCGUGACUUCUCCCAAAGCCGCCGCUGAACGCUGUACCCAAACUUGCCAUUGCUGUGCUCCUUCCAGAGCUUGUCAAUGGUGCGGAGGUCCUCGGUGGAGAUGAACUGGACCUCAGAGAAGAAGACGUACCCUCGCCGCCCUGCAGACUCCCCCGCGAGCUCGAUGAGGAGCGCCCGGGUGGUGUCAUCGGCUUGGCGGUAGUCCCUUGCUGCGAGCUGGCGACCAAGCAGGUCUAUGGAGGGGGAGGGUGGCGAGUCUGCUGCUGCGGCAGGGGUGACUGGAGUCGGAGCUGAUGAGUUGGCAGUCGAAGUUGUGGUCACCGAAGGGGAGGUGUUGGAGUAGAGCCUGAAGGAAAUGCUGCCGCUGUUGUUAGAGAGCUUCAGUAGAGCAGAUGGGGAGCUGUCAUGGCUGCCGCCAGCGUUGACGAAAGAGUGGUGUUGGGGAAGAAGAAAGGAUUGGAGAGAAGCAUUCGCCAUUGAUGGCAGGAGGACUGAGAUGAGAAUGGAGGGAAGGGAUAUGAGAGGGAGACGAUGAUAAAG